CUGCAAAAGUUCGCUUUGGCCGACCCCCCCCCUCCCCCCAAGUGCGAACGUAAUUUGCGAAUCACCCCUUACGAGUUAUAUAAAACGACGGAGAUGAACGAUAUGAGAUUUCUGGAUCCAAUAAUAGCCGGCGACCACGUGUUAAUAGAUGACGAGGCAGUUAUUGAUGAAAUCCUAGAUCUGAGCCCGUGGUUACCCCUCCAUAUCGCCGACCAAAAGACAAUGUUAGGCGUAAGCGGUGUUGUGGUCCGCAAGGGAUGGCAGUCCGACAUUAAGCAAAAGUUUACAACAAUUCAACCAGUUAUGGCCAUUACGAGUACCCCCGAGACGGCCGGCGCCGACGCCAACAGCACCGCCACCGCCGCCUUCAAGACUACCGCCACCAACACUACCGCCGCCACCAACGGAACCUCUGGAUCAGUUGACAGACCGGUUGCCGCGACGGGCAAUGGUCUGCCGUUGGGAGCGAUGUAUGUGGUGAAGAGGGACGGCCGCCACGAGUCGAUAAUGUUUGAUAAGAUCACCUCAAGAAUCGUGAAACUGAGCUACGAGUUGGACACCCGUUUCGUGGACCCGACGGCCAUCACGUUGAAAGUGAUCGCCGGCCUCUAUUCGGGCGUCACUACUGUCCAGUUGGACGAGUUGGCCGCAGAGAUCGCCGCCACGAUGACCACCAAACACGCCGAUUACGCCAAACUCGCCGCCCGUAUAGCCGUCUCUAAUCUCCACAAAGAGACGACGAAGAACUUCUCGGACGUGAUCCGAGCGCUGUAUGCCGUGACAGACGCCGCCAAUGGCCGCAAAACACCGCUCAUCUCGGAGGAGACCUAUCGCGUGGUGAUGGACAACGCCGAGCGCCUCAACUCUGCCAUUAUCUACGACCGCGACUUUCACUACCAGUACUUCGGCUUCAAGACUCUGGAGAGGAGUUAUCUGUUGCGCAUCGGCGGUAAGAUUGUUGAGCGCCCGCAACACUUGCUGAUGAGGGCGGCGGUGGGUAUUCACGGCCAGGAUAUUGACGCCGCCAUCGAGACCUAUAACCUGAUGUCCGAUCGCUGGUUCACUCACGCGAGUCCCACACUCUUCAACGCCGGUACUCCACGACCGCAACUGUCCUCUUGUUUCCUCUUAACGAUGUCUGAGGACUCGAUUGAAGGCAUAUUCGAUACGUUAAAGCAAUGCGCGGUCAUAUCGAAAGCGGCCGGCGGUAUAGGACUGAACGUGCAUUGUAUCCGCGCGGCCGGCACUCCCAUCAACGGCACGAACGGCAUAUCCAACGGUUUGGUACCAAUGCUCCGGUGCUAUAACAACGUGGCCCGAUAUGUGGACCAGGGAGGCAACAAACGGCCCGGUGCGUUUGCGAUCUACAUCGAGCCGUGGCACGCAGACAUAUUCCAGUUCCUGGAUCUGCGCAAGAAUCACGGCGCCGAAGAGCAACGCGCGCGCGACCUGUUUCUGGCCCUAUGGGUGCCCGACCUGUUCAUGAAACGGGUGGAGGCGGACGGCAUGUGGUCACUCAUGUGUCCGCACGAGUGUCCCGGACUGUUCGACUCGUGGGGCGAGAAGUUUGAA